AUGCGCACUAUUGUUGUUGUAGUGGUGGUCAAGAGCGUUAUAAGAGUUUCAAGCUUAGUCUAACAAGAAGAUAAGGCAGCGAUGGCGUCAAACUCUGCGACUCUACUCAAAGCCUCACCGGUGAAAUCUGACUGGCUUAAAGGACAGCGUCUCCUACCACGUCAACCUUCCUCCGUCUCUCCUUUCCGGAGCCACGUGGCACCUUCCGCUCUCACCGUCCAUGCCGCCUCUGCCUACGCCGACGAGCUCGUCAAAACAGCUAAAACAAUCGCGUCCCCGGGACGCGGAAUCUUGGCGAUGGAUGAGUCAAACGCGACUUGCGGGAAGCGUUUGGCGUCGAUUGGGCUAGAGAAUACGGAGGCUAACCGUCAGGCUUACCGGACACUGCUUGUGUCGGCUCCAGGACUGGGACAGUACAUCUCCGGAGCUAUCCUGUUCGAGGAAACUCUCUACCAAUCCACCGUCGACGGCAAGAAAAUGGUCGACGUUCUCGUCCAGCAGAACAUCGUCCCUGGCAUCAAAGUCGACAAGGGUUUGGUGCCACUUGUUGGGUCUAACGACGAGUCAUGGUGCCAAGGACUUGACGGUUUAGCCUCUCGUACCGCUGCUUACUACCAACAAGGUGCUCGUUUCGCCAAAUGGCGUACUGUUGUGAGCAUUCCAAAUGGACCAUCUGCUUUGGCUGUUAAAGAAGCAGCCUGGGGACUUGCCCGCUACGCCGCUAUUUCUCAGGACAGCGGUCUGGUACCGAUUGUGGAGCCGGAGAUUAUGUUGGACGGAGAACACUGUAUUGACAGGACAUAUGAGGUUGCAGAGAAGGUCUGGUCUGAGGUCUUCUUUUAUCUCGCUCAGAACAACGUCAUGUUCGAAGGUAUCCUCCUGAAGCCGAGCAUGGUUACUCCUGGUGCUGAGUCCAAAGACAGAGCUACUCCCGAGCAAGUUGCUUCCUACACUCUCAAGCUCCUUCGCAACAGAGUUCCUCCGGCUGUUCCUGGAAUCAUGUUCCUGUCUGGAGGACAGUCCGAGUUGGAGGCGACCUUGAACCUGAACGCAAUGAACCAAGGACCGAACCCAUGGCACGUGUCCUUCUCCUAUGCACGUGCCUUGCAGAACACUUGCUUGAAGACAUGGGGAGGCAGAGAAGAGAACGUGAAGGCGGCUCAAGACACUCUCUUGACCCGAGCCAAAGCCAACUCGCUGGCUCAGCUAGGGAAGUAUACAGGAGAAGGUGAGUCCGAGGAUGCCAAGGAGGGUAUGUUUGUAAAAGGCUACACCUAUUAAGCUUAUAUGUAUGAAUGGUUCCGUUGACCAAAACUCAAAACUUGAGCUUGAUUUUGGUGUUUGAGUUAUUAUAAUACUCUUCUUAUGUGACUAGUUUUUGUUUCUUCAUUAUCGUUAAUAUGAUCGUUUUGCACCAA